AUGGAGCCUCUUAUUUCUGACCUUAACUCUUUGCAAUCAGAUGGGUUUGACAUCAUGUUGGAUGGGUCAGUUGUCCACUUCAAAGCGCAUGUCCUCGGAUUCAGCGGUGACAAUCUGUCAUUGAACAGCCUAGGUGGACUCAGCUGUGGCUUCACUGUGGGUCGAGUAUGGCGUCAGUGCCUUGCAACCACCAGGAACCUACCAUCAAUAACAGAUGAACCUCACUGCACAUUGAGGACUGCACGGAUGCAUGACAGUCACGUAGCCGCUGUUGAAUUAAGCAAUGAUAAUGCAAGGCUGUAUGGAGUGAAAGAACGUUCGUGUCUCUUCGCACGUGAUGGGUUCGAUGUCACAUGUCAGCUUCUUCCCGCCCUCAUGCAUGAUGUCUUAGAGGGAGGUAUAAACACUGUUCUCAAGACUGUAUUGGACUCACUGUUGUCUUCAAAGGUACUUCUGGAGGAACAUUUCAACGUGGUAGACCAGUUCCGGUAUCAGCAUCAUGACAUGAAGAACAAGCCUUUUGCGAUAUCUGUCAUGAACACGAACAAAAUACAGAGCAUCAAGGGGACAGCCAGCCAAAAGCUAUGUUUGUUCCGCCUUUUGCCACAGUUCUUUGGUGACCACAUUCCAGAAGGAAAUCAAGACUGGAGGAUUUAUCUCAAGUAUCGUGAAAUUGUGAACUUUCUUCUUUCCGACAGGAUUCCCAGUGUCUGUGUGAACUAUCUUGAAGUGCAGAUAGCUGCAUUCCUUACUGCAUUUGUUCAGAGGUAUCCCAUGGUAAAAGUGACACCAAAGUUGCACUACCUCAUUCACUAUCCUCGGUACAUCUCUCUUUUCGGACCCCCUCGCAACUUUGCAACUCCAUGA